AAAUAAGGAAGGUUAUUAUAAAGACAUUAAUUUUGAAAUUUAAGUAAGACUGUUCUCAUUUGGGCCAUAAAACUUCAAUUUAAACAGGAAGUAUGUAUUUGCGAUACAGAAAUAGGUUUUGUACAGUAUUUUAAUUUCAAAAAUAUUUUUUAAAAGAUACAAUACGAAAUAUGAAUUAAGCUUGAUUUACUUUUUUAAAGAAAAAAAAAAUUGCAACAUAUUUUUAUGGCUAGUUUAUCCUAUAAAGAUAUUUAACAUAACCCUAUUAAAAAAGUAAAAAAAUAAUAUGAUUAAUAUGUUGGUUUCUUUUAUUAGUAGACGUCUUCAAAAUGUUUAAUGCAUUUUUUAAAAAAAAUUGGUUUCAGAGUAUUUUUUUUUAAAGGAUGUUUAAAGUGUUUCUCAUACUUGCACAUAUUAUCAUAUCCUUUGGUAAGUAAAAAAAAAGCACAAACAAACAAAGAUAUUUAAAUGGAUAUAUUAACUAACUAAGUAUGUAGGUGGGUAUGCAUGCAUACAUGCAUACCCACCUACAUACUUAAUUAGUUAAUAUAUCCAUUUAAAUAUCUUUGUUUGUAAGUAAGGGUUUUGGUUAUUUGGUUGGAAGAUUGGUAGAUAGUUUAGUUGGCGUGUAAAUAGUUAAGAUCAUAGGUAGGUUCGUAGGUGCUUAGGUUGGUAGAUGUAAAGGUAGGAGCUUAAGCUACAUACACAUAUACACAUUCAUUGAUGUAUAGUCAAUAUAUUAGUAUAAACUAUUUAUAUAUAUAUGUGUGUUUGUUGUUGUGUGUUAUAUAUAUGUAUGUAUGAAAAAUGUAUAUAUAUAUUUGAAUGUAUAAAUCUAUUAGCUUAAUUUUCAUAAUUCGUAAUGCAUUUUUGGUUUUAACAUUCAAAUUGCUGGUUAUUAAAGUGUUUAGUAAAAAAAAAGUUUGGGGUGGGGGGGGGGAUGGGGGCAAAACGCACACAAGAAAAAUACAUUUUUUAAAAAUUAAAGACGAUAAAGUAAGAAAGCUUAUUGUUACAGUAAAUUAUAUAUUUUUAAGAAUUGUAUAUGCUUAAAUUUGUAUUAAAUUGUAAUACUAAUUUUUAAAUUUAUUUCUCAGAAUAAUACUAAUAUCAUUGCAAUUUUUCGCAUCAAACGAUUAAACUUAUAUUUUAUUUUUUAUUUUUAGAAACACAUUUUUCAAAGAUUUAUAAUAGUAUAACCGUUACCUCUAUUAAAAUUAUUUUAUUCAAUCCAUUGCAAUCAUUAUCGAUAGGACAAAAGAUAACAUUGUUUGAUUACCGACAAGAAGAUAGUGAGACAAAGUGCACACACGGUUUGGUCAGUGGUGUGGACACGGUGGUGUUUAAAUCUCAAGUGGAUUUUUCUCAAGAUAUUAAAAUGAAGUAUGCACAUUUUUAUAUACAAAGGAAAAUGGACCAAAUACCUAUGUUAGUAAGUAAUGUACAUAAUAGAAUAAUACAAAUCUUUACAUUAAAGCUAUGAAGCUGUUUCAAUUUCGUCAUGCGUUUUGCAGACGAAAGAUUAUGUUUAAAAAUAAUAUAGUUAGCCUUCUUAUCUGAAAUGUUAAAACAGAAUUUUGCAUGCUUUUUGUUCCAUUUAAAAAAAUAUGAUGUUGAAGCUUUGUGUUUCCUUUCUUUGUUUAAUUUAUCAUCUUCUGGUUUUUUGUUUUUUGUGUAAUUUAUUUUUAUUUUUUUAUUUUUAAUGGUUGUCAAUUUAUCACUUUCAGAUUGUUUAUGUCUCUGUUUUAUAAUCAUUUAUGUAUGCAUACAAUUAACUGGCAAUAUCGAACUUGAUCCUACAAUUAAAAAGGGAAUAUGGCAUGUAAAUAAUGCUUUUUUAACUCAAGACAUUGGAGAUUAUUCUUUAUCUAGUUGACUUAAUGUUUUAAUUAAAAUUAAAAUACAAAGGUAUACACUAAAUAAUUCACAAUGUUUGUCAUGUGUUUAAAACCUAUCAGUUGUUAAAAUUUUAUUUUUUAACUGUAAAUAUAUAUAUUUCUUUAUUUUUUGUGUGUAAAUUCAAUACUUUUAAGUAUAAUUCAUACAUUUGCUAUAUGUAUCAUGUCAGUACUUUGACUUCAACAUACAAGAGUGUGUCUCCAGUCAGAGUAUUACAUGCGAACGUGCAGGCAUGUUUCUUAUAAACUUAACCAUCAAAGUUCCAGCAUCUAGAGAAUACAGUGGUGCAGCUAUCAGUGGUACAUUAUUUACUUCAAACAUGAAGAUAAUUUUUAGCAACACACAUAAUUUUCCUUCAAUAAUGGGUAAAUAUUUUUUUUUUUCUUUUAGAAAAUUUAAUGUUGAUACAAAAUUUAAUUAUUUCAGUUACGAUCUUAUACACUUUUUAAAUUUAUAUAAUAAUGUAUAUGUUAAAUUAAAAUCAAACUAUGGAUACAAAACGUUUUGAAACAGCAAUAACAAAUGUAUUUUCCAUGUAACCCAUACAUAUCGUUCCUGGUUUAAUUUGAAAAAUGUUACCCACAAUUAACCCAAUUUCUCAUUUUUUCUUAACAGAUAGCACGAGUACAAGGGGGUGGUUGAUUGUAAAUGGUCACACAAUUUCAAAUAAUGUAACAGGUUGUGACAUAAAUUUCAAUGAGACAGUACUGAACAUUACUUACAACUGUGAAAGUGACAUAAAACCAUGUCUUAUUGGGAUAAUAGCAGCUGGUGGGGGAAAGCCGUCACGUGGAAAGGAUAAGGCUAUGUAUAUUUUGGAACAAGAACUACACGACCUUAAUGUGACCAUAAAACAUGCAAGCUGCACGUUAGAUGGUGAAUGCAACAUAUUACAAUGUCGAAUACACCAAGGUAACUGUUUUACUUUUUUUAAAUGUAUUUUUUUCUUUUAAAGUUUAAAAAAAAAAAUAUUUAUAAAAUGUGUUAUUGUGUUAUAGACUGAGCUGAACUACUCAUUAGAUUUCAUUAUAAAGCUAUUGUCUUAUUUCUAUUCCAAAAACUGUACUGUUAAAUUAAUUUAGUAAAUGUUACUGAAAAUAUUCCAGACAUUAUUAUUUUUUCAUGUAUUAAAGCAGUGAAAGAAAAAGACACGACUUCAAGUAUUAAGAAUACUGUUGUAUUUUGUAUUGUA